GUAUUUUACUUACAUCAUCAUAAGCCAAUCACAGCCAGCAGAGAGCGAAAACAUGCUUGUCGGGUCUCAAGCCGCGAAAUUGACCGAAGCCCAUUUCUUGCAUUUGCGGUGUUUGUGGCCCGAAUCUAGUGCCGUCAACAUGGAUUAAGGUAUAGAUGUAAUCAAGACAGCUAUGGGCUAAGAUGGCCGGGUCCUGGGUGGGGGUCGGCGUGCACGCGCCGGAGUACAAGCUGGACGUGGACGGCGACGUUCAGCUGUUUGUGCUGAACAAGAAGAAGCGCAUCUCUGAUUACGUCAAGAAGUUCAACGUGUGCGACUAUGGGGCCAUCGGAGACGGCCUGGCCGAUGACACCGAUGCCAUCAACGCCGCGUUCCUGGCGGCAGCCAGCAAUGACAUGGUUUACUUCCCCGCGGGCAUCUACAAGGUGCGGCAGGCCACCGCCGUUGCCGCGAAGGGCGUGAUCGUGGCGGGCGAUGGGCGAGGGGUGAGCAUCAUUACCAGGGUGGGGACGGAGCCUGUCUUCAGUGUGUCAGGCGCAGAUGUCACCAUCCAAGACCUGGGUGUGGACGGCAACAGCGAGAGCUACCCCGUGGGCAGCACCCUAAUCCUGGGCCAGAGCAGUGGCCUGCGUGUCUUGGGCUGCGCCCUGUAUCGCAGCCCUGGCAGCGGGAUCAGCCUCACCGGUGCCACUCUUACGUGCGCCACCAGCACCGUGGCUGACUGCGACGUUUAUGACUGCAAGGGCGCCGGCAUCCUGCUCAACAAGGCCACGGACUGUGUGGUCCUGGGCUGCCGUGUGCAGAGGAGCCAGCUGGACGGAAUCGUGUUGCAGCAGAGCUGCCAGCGCUGCAUCGUGAGCACCAACUUUGUGACACUCAACUGCCUGACUGGGGGCCUGGCCGGGAUCAGUGUCGACAACUCCAACGACAUUGCCAUCAUCCACAACGUGGUGUCACAGACCAAGACGGACAGGCCCGGAUUCUGCACUCCCAACAACCAGGGCCCGUCUUUCAGGCUGCAGGUCGCUGGCAACCAGCUCUUCGACAACAUGGGCGGAGGUGUGUAUAACAACGCUCUGUUUGGCGUGCGCGUCGACUUGGGCUCCCUGUGGAACAUCAUCAGCCACAACCAUGUGCUGGACAACACUGUCAGCGCCGCCAACAACAUCAUUGACAAUGGCGGCGUCAACAACGAGAUCCACCGCAACAUGUGCCAGCGCCCCAUCAUCAACAAGCUUGACAUGCACGACAACCUGGGUGUCAACACCCGCACGCCCGAGUACCCGCUGGACAUCAACGCGUCUGCCAUCCUGCGCGAGCGCUUUGACGUGGACGGCAGCAUCGAGGUCCACGGCGCCAAGAGCGUGCUGCGCGGCAACACCGUGGCGCCCAUCCACGUGCUGGUGGGCCCCGGAAACCCGGGCACCCUGCUGAACGGCAUUGUGGUGGAGAACACUGCCAACUCCGCAGGCCAGCACACCGUCCUUGCGCUGCGCACGGCUGGCGCCACGGCAGGGAACCCCUAUGUUGCGUACGAUGUGGCGGGUGGCGUGCAGAGCUGGAGGCACGGCAUUGACCAGGUUGACAGGGGCAAGUUCAAGCUCAAGACCGGCCUGACCUUCCCCAGCGGCGUGGACCGCCUGACGGUGGAGCCUACCGGUGAGGUGCUCAUCACGGGCAACAUCGUGUGCAUCAACGGCAGCCUGCAGGAUGGCCAGGAUGGCGUGCGAAUGAUGCGUGGUGGAGACGGCAACGCCUACGUGGACGUGCGCAACGCGUCUGGUCUGCGCGGCUGCAUCUUCCGCACGGGCACCGCGGCUGGCACUGAGGUCGUCCUGGCGGAGCUGGACGGCCAGUCGCGCUCCAUCCGCGUAAACGGCAACACCACCAUUACCGGCAACGACCACACUAUCUACGGGAACGUGACAAUCCGCGGCGUGAACAUCACCACGGUGUCCAACUCGGUCAGCGUGACCAACAACGCCUCCACCCUGGCCUGCAACACGCUGUCGGUCACCGCGGCUGUGUCUGCCCUCACCAACACGCCCGCCCUGUCCCUCUACGGCUUGACCACCACUACCGAGCUGUCGGGCACCACCAUGACCAUCGGCAACGCCAGCACCGCCGCCCUCAACGUGCGCGGCACCGCGUCCACGCACGCCUGCAACACGCUGUCGGUCACCGCGGCUGUGUCUGCCCUCACCAACACGCCCGCCCUGUCCCUCUACGGCGUGACCACCACCGAGCUGUCGGGCACCACCAUGACCGUCGGCAACGCCAGCACCGCCGCCCUCAACGUGCGCGGCACCGCGUCCACGCACGCCUGCAACACGCUGUCGGUCACCGCGGCUGUGUCUGCCCUCACCAACACGCCCGCCCUGUCCCUCUACGGCGUGACCACCACCGAGCUGUCGGGCACCACCAUGACCGUCGGCAACGCCAGCACCGCCGCCCUCAAUGUGCGCGGCACCGCGUCCACGCACGCCUGCAACACGCUGCCCUACCAAAAAAAAACCCCUUAAACCGAACGGUCAGGGGGAGGUCACCAAAAGCUACCGACGGUGACCGUCGGUCAGCAUCGGUCGGGAUCGGUUGGGCAAGCUCGGUACAAUGCCAUUUGGUUAACUGUCGGUUUAAGGGCAGAAUUUCGGUGACCUGUUCGGUAACCUCCGACUACCUAAUGUUUGGUAACGCGCUGGUUAACCGCAGCGACCCUGUUCUGCAGAGCUAAGCCAAGUCCAGAGGAGAAGAUUGCUAAGUGAGUGCGGUUC